GAGUCAACUUGUAAACUAUAGUUGUUAUGCGGAGCUUAAUUUCCAACUUUCUUUUUUACAGUUAACAAAGGAGGAAAGUGCUGAAUAAAUUAUAUUUUGUUUGAUCAAAAUAUUUUGAUCAUCUUUCUUUAUCCUUCUUGACCGAGGAGAGAGUUCCUGGAUCUGGCAUAAGUUAUAUUGUAAACAUGGUUUCUUCUUCUUCUUCUUCUCUUUCUUCGGCAAUCACCCUUCAAGAAAAAUACGAUGUGUUUCUCAGUUUCAGAGGCGAGGACACCCGCAAUGGAUUUGCUAGCUAUCUCUAUGGAGCUUUAUCUGCAAAACAGAUCUCAACUUUCAUGGAUGACCAUGAAUUUGAGAGAGGCGAUGAAAUUAAACCCACCCUUCUCAAAGCUAUCGAGGAAUCCAAGAUUUCGGUAAUAAUUUUCUCGGAAAACUACGCUUCCUCAACAUGGUGUUUGGAUGAACUGUUGCAAAUACUUGAAUGCAGAAGAACAAAUGGACAGAUUGUUAUGCCAAUCUUUUACGGCAUAGAUCCAUCGGUGGUUCGGAAAAAGAAUGGGAGUUAUGGAGUUGCAUUUGCUCAACUUGAACACCGUUUCGAGGACAGAAUGGAGAAGGUGUAUCAAUGGAGGGAUGCUUUAACAGAAGCAUCCAAUCUAUGUGGCUUGGAUUCCAAGGAUUUCAGGCCCGAGUUUAAGCUAGUUCAAAAAAUUGUUGAAGAUAUUUCGUUGAAAUUGCCAAAAUGCCAACCUUCAAAUGAACAUUACAAAAAGGGUGGCCUCAUUGGAAUUGAAGAAAAUAUCAAGAAAGUUAAAUCAUUAUUAUCCAUUGGCUCAAAAGAUGUUCGUAUUAUAGGUAUUUGGGGCAUGGGAGGUAUCGGUAAAACCACACUUGCUAGUGUUGUAUAUCAAGAGUUAUCAAGUUCUCAGUUUGAAGGUUGCUCUUUUCUUCCAAAUGUUAAGGAAGAAUGUGAAAGACGCACACCAUAUCAUUUGAGAAAAAAGCUUCUUUUUGAAUUGUUAAAUGAAAAUGCUAUUUUAAAGAUGGAUACGCCAUUUGUAGCAUCACCAUAUAUUUUUGACAAACUUCGCCGUAAAAAGGUAUUCAUAGUUCUUGAUAAUGUGGAUGACUGGAUUCAAUUAGAUGCUUUAGUUGAGGGAUAUGAUCAAUUUGCUCCUGGAAGUAGAAUUCUUGUUACAACUAGAAAUGUUCAAGUGCUUAAAAAAGUUGCUGAUCAAAACAUUUACAAGAUGGAGGGAUUAAGUCACAAUGACUCUCUUGAGCUCUUCCGUUUGCAUGCUUUUGGUAAAAAUUCUCCUCCAAUAGAUGAUGCAAUGCUGUUAAAAAGGGUGGUAAGCUAUGCAGAUGGAAAUCCAUUGGCUCUGAAAGUCUUGGGUUGUUUUCUUCAUUCCAGAAACAAACAAGACUGGAAAAAUGUAUUAUAUAACCUGCAAAAGUUUCCAGAACAAAACAAAAUUUUUAAUGUACUGAGAACUAGUUAUGAGGGACUAGAUGAAGGGAUUCAAAAUAUAUUUCUUGACAUUGCAUGUCUAUUUAAUGGGUCUUUUACUAGAAGUGAAGCAGAAAGGUUACUAGAUAGUGGUGAUUCCCUAGUGAAAAUAGGAAUGGAAGUUCUCGUUGAAAAGUCCUUAAUUGAAGAUGUUAGAUAUGGGAUAAUAAAUAAGCUACGGAUGCAUGAUUUGUUGCGACAAAUGGGUCAGAAAAUUGUUUGUGAUCGACAUACGGAGCCUGGUCAUCAUAGUAGGUUGUGGGAUGCUAAAGAUGUUUGCCAUGUAUUGGAAAGAAAUACUGGAACUGUAAUGGUUGAAGUCAUAUUAUUCAACUUGUCCGAAAUGACUAGAGAUGUAGAAGUUUGUAGAGCAGCCUUAUCGAAGAUGUGCAAUCUACGAGUCCUGAAAAUUUAUUUUGACAAUUAUAUUAGUGUUAAUAAGUUUAAACUGCACCUUUUUCAAGGCCUUGAUUCUUAUCUUUCUGAGAAGCUAAACUAUUUUCAUUGGGAUUUUUACCCUUUGGAAUCAAUGCCAUCGAAUUUUACUCCUGAAAAUCUUGUUGAACUGGUACUCCAUCGCAGCCAUAUUCAAAAACUAUGGAAUCGUGAAGUUCAGUCUCUUCCGGUGUUAAAAAGAAUGGAUCUUAGCUAUUCCGCGCUCCUCACAGAAAUACCAGAUCUAUCUCAGCUGGCUCCAAACCUGGAAAGUAUAAAUCUUGAAGGCUGUAGAAGUUUGGUUCGGGUUCUUCCAUGUCUUGAAAAUCUUGACAAGCUUACUGAUCUAAAUUUGAAGGGUUGCUCCAAACUUAGAGAUUUUGAAGAGACAAUACAUUUUGGAGGCAUUAAGAACUUUUUGAGCAAAAUUUUUCAGCAACAGUUCCCACUUCUCAAAAGUUUUAUAAACAACAAUAUUUUGUCUCUCUCCUCACCUCAAUCCCACAUUUCCCUAAAGUUUCCGAUGAAUUUAACAGUUUUAAAUUUGCAAAGGACACCAAUAGAUGCAGUGCCCUUAUCAAUUGAGAGUCUUUCUGGUCUUGUUAAAUUAGAUUUGGGUGAUUGCGAAAGUCUUAGAAGUCUUCCAACCAGCAUUUGCAAGCUAAAAUCUCUUGAAUCACUCAUUCUGUCAGGUUGUGUAAAACUGGAAAAGUUUCCAGCAAUCUUUGAGCCUAUGGAACUGCUGGAAAGUCUUAUCAUGUCUGGAGCAGGGAUUACAGAGUUGCCGGAGUCCAUUGAUAACCUAAUUUCCCUCAAAGAUUUGAACCUAGAUAGUUGUAAGGAAAUUGGGUUUCUCCCAAACAAGUUGUGUGAUUUAAGGAAACUUGAGUAUUUGAACCUCAGUCUUUGUUCAAAACUUGAAAAUUUGCCUCCUUUACCUCCUGCUUUGUUAUCAUUGGAGGUCCAAUUUUGUGGGAGCUUGAAAUCACUACCAGAUCUUCCAUUAUUUUGUGAACGCGUGUAUGCAAGACAUUGCACAUCACUGGAGAAAAUAUCAGAUUGGAGGCCUUCACUCCAGCACCAACUCAACUCUGAAUCUCCUAACUUCUGUAGGCCCCAUAGAUGUGCUGACUUUAUGGGUAGAUUUGCUAACUUUUUUGGCUGUGAAAAGUUGGAUCAGAAUACACGCAACACCAUCAUCGCUGAUUAUGCAAUUUUUAAAAUAAUUAAAGCUGUCAAUUCAGAUUCGGACCUCAAUUUUUGUUAUCCGGGUGACGAAAUUCCUAAGUGGUUCAGCAGUCAAAGUCCAGGGACUUCACUGAAAAUUGAUAAGCUUCCUCCAUUUUGGAAUAAUGACAGCUUCUUGGGUUUGGCUCUGUGCGUUGUUCUUGACCUGAAUAAAAUUAGACCUCAGGACUACGUUAUAAUUCAUUUCAAACUCAAAUUCAAAACCAAUAUUGAUGAUGACUGUCCUCCUGAAUUUUAUGUAGAGCGGUUUUUGUGGGCAAACAAAAAAUGUUUAGAUCACGUAUUUAUUUGGUAUGUCCCAAAAGACUUUAUGCAGCAUUCAGAAGAUCUGUCUACACAAAAAUGGCUCUCUAGUUGGAGCAGUGAUGCCUCUUUCCAUGUUUGGGCUUCGUUCUCCCGCGAUAAGGUUAAGCAAUUGGAGAGUGAAUCUUGUGAGAUAAAGAAGUGUGGGGUUUGGUUCGUUUACAAGGAAGAUGCAGAGAGAUUUAAUGCAGAAACUGUUCAAAGUAUAUGAGACAAAGAGAAGACGCUUGGAUAAUGAAUGUUGUGAAGCAAGUGGAAGCAAUCAGUUUGUUCCCUGGGGCUCUCAUGAGGAAGAAGACGGUGAUGAAUCACAUCUUACAAUUAGUUCAAAUAAAUCCAGGCGGAGUUUAGUUGGUAAACGAUGAAGAUGCAAAUGAACAAUUCGGUUCUACGUCUUACGGACAAAUGGAACUUAAGGUGUUGACUUUCUUUGAUGAAAAUCAAGUAAAUUCUGUCAGUGCUUUGGUAAAUCAAUUUAAGAACACAGAUUUUAAUUGUGUAAAUUUGAUAUUCUUUAUUUUCAUUCAAUAUGCAUUUCCAGGUGUUUUAAUUA